GACAAACAGCACAUCCAUCCAUUCGGAUGCGCAGUCAGAGCAUAUCCAGUUGCGAAUGCAGAGUACCGACAGACGGGAUCUGGCCGGGGCUUUGGAAUGUCUGGCGAUCCUGGUUGUGUGGGCGGAUCGGAUGGGAAGUGAGGUGGUUGAUCGCGAUUGAGGUUGAUGGGGUUGAGCACCUGCACAGUGAUCGCGGAAGAUGCUGGGAUCUGGUCGUGCUCCUGAUUGCUCGAGAAUGACGUCGAUGCUCUCACUCCGCAGGAAUUGGACAUCGAAUCUCGCCUAGGUCUGUAUGGGUGGUGGAAGCCACAGCAGUCUCGUGGAUGCGUGUUGGGGAUUCGGAAAAUUGACUGCUUUUCGAGCGAUUGAGCUGAGGCGUGCAGGAUUUGUGGAUUGUGUGGAAAGAGCUGUUUCUUCUGACACUAGGGUUUAGCACGGGUUUUUCAUCUGAGCUCCGGCAGGAUUCGUCCUUGAUCUUUUUGGAAGAUGGAGAUGGCCUCGUUGCGAGUGCUACCCGCUACAUCUGCAGCCUUCCCACCAGACCUUCGAGCUUUCCGACCACGGAGCUGUUCCCGAACAAGUUUCACUUCUCAGGCUUCAACGUCUACACGGACGGUUUUGCCGAGCAAUAAGCGGGUCUUUCCGAGGAAGCAGUUGUACAGAGCAAGUCAAGACGCAGUUAGCAUUCUGCAUUCCACAGAGGAAGCUGAAAAACCGUUGGCUGGAACGAGCUUUCCGUUGCAAGAUGUCUUGGAAGCACAGCAAUUUGAUCGAGAGCUUCUUAACUCGAUUUUUGAAGUAGCUCAACAAAUGGAAGAAAUUGAGAAGGAAAGGGAUUCGAGCAGAACACACGUGUUGGAAGGGUUUCUGAUGGCAACCUUGUUCUACGAACCUUCUACUCGUACUCGCCUUUCUUUUGAAUCUGCCAUGAAGAGGUUGGGCGGGGAGGUUCUGACAACGGAAAAUGCACGGGAAUUUUCUUCCGCUGCAAAGGGAGAAACUCUGGAAGAUACUAUCAGGACUGUAGAAGGCUAUGCAGAUCUUAUAGUGCUCAGGCAUUUUGACAGUGGGGCAGCUAAACGGGCUGCUGAAGUGGCCAAUGUUCCUGUCAUCAACGCGGGCGACGGACCUGGCCAACAUCCUACGCAGGCUCUAUUGGACAUGUAUACCAUUCAAAGGGAGAUUGGACGCUUGGACAACAUCAAAGUGGGUCUAGUGGGAGAUCUUGCAAAUGGGCGAACUGUCCGUUCCCUUGCGUAUCUGCUCGCAAGAUACAGUGGCGUGAAAAUUUUCUUCGUCUCCCCUGAUGUUGUAAAAAUGAAGGACGACAUUAAGGAGUAUCUCGAUUCUAGGAAUGUUGAUUGGGAGGAAUCAGCUGAUUUAAUGGACGUUGCCUCUCAGUGUGAUGUUGUUUAUCAAACACGCAUACAAAGAGAACGCUUCGGUGAUAGAAUAGACCUCUACAACGAAGCCCGGGGGAAGUAUAUUGUCGACAGCAAGGUUAUGGAGGUUCUGCAACCACAUGCCGUGAUUCUUCACCCUCUGCCGAGACUGGACGAGAUAACUGUCGAUGUGGACGCUGAUCCACGAGCUGCAUAUUUUCGACAAGCCAAGAAUGGUCUAUACAUACGAAUGGCUUUAAUAAAGUUGCUCCUUUUGGGCUGGUAGAGGGCAACAUGUUGGAGAACAUUGGUCCGUAUACUUUGCAACUUGGAUCAUAUGAUGCGACCAAAGUAUCGUUGUCGAACUUGCAUUAAUGUCCGGACAUAUUCGUAGGUUGUAGAGAGGAGAAGAAUAUCAAGCACAAGUCAGCUUGGUGUCAAGUAGGACCAGACAGCGUCGAGAAAGGCCGCGUCUGAGUGGGUUACGAGGUGAAUCAGUCACUUUCUUUCCCAUGGAAAUUUUGUCUCGUGUAUGUAAUCUUGUAGUGGGAGAGCGGGACGGCUGAUAUCAGCAGUCCAACUCAUUCCGUCUUGUAUAAAAGGUACAAUAUGGAUCCCAUUGACAUAUUUUCAACCAUUCUGCUGAGAAUUCGUUUCUCUUCGAGAUUUCAUCUCUUCUUUUGUAGUGCAGUCAGUCUGUCUAUUUUUUGGCGGAGACACUGUAUCUGGGAAAGAAUGCAUCGUUACAUAUGUUGGGCCUGUA